UUGUGUUUAGCACAGUUUUGUAAAGAAAACAUGCAGCAUUGGCACUGACACUGUUUCGCGUCCAGUUUUGGGAGCCUGAAGCAGGAAAGCUGCUGCUGUCGGAGGGAGGUUGCUCUUCGAGCCGGGGGAGAGCCCGGGGCCUCUGGCUGAUCUGGGAAGCAAGUGUAGGAUGGUACGGCAGAGCGAAUGAGCGGGGGAGCAUCCCCUGCGAGGCCGACAUUCCUGUAGGCUUGCGGUAUCGCUCAGGACGAGUCACAAGCACUAUGUGUUGGGUUAUUUUCUCUGAAAUGAGGAUAAAACCUUUCCAUGUCACAGGACUGCUGAGGAGGAAUCUCCGUCUCGGGCCCGCUGUGCUGCGUGCAGUUCGUAUCGGGUGACACAGCCACAGGAUGAAUACCUCCCGCUGCGGGCAGCGAACCGGGGAGGUAGGAAAGCCCCUUUUUGCCUUGUCUGACAACAUACCGGGGAGGGAUCAGAUCGCGGUGAAAACAGCGGUGAAGGGCCUGUUUGUUGUGCUUGGUUGCGAGGAGGAGGAGGAGCAGGAGGAGGAGGAGCGGGCGGAGGGAACAGGUUCGCCGGAACUCGGCCGCGGGGAGCCGGCGCUGCGCUCGGGCAGCCGCUGCGGGUCGCGGAGCUUCCCCUGCCCGAGGCACCGGCAGGGCAGGGCCGGGCCCCCGCACGGCCUGGAAAGGGCUGCGCCGCUGCUGCUGCUGCUGCUGCUGCUGCUGCUGCUGCUGCGCCCCGCGGAGCCUCCGCGCCGGCGACAUGGGGCCGCGCUGCCUCCGCGCCGCGCUGCUGCCGCUGCUGCUGCUGCUGGAGCUGCCCGGGGCGCGGGGUGACUGCGGGCCGCCGCCGAGGUUCGCCUUCGCGGAGCCCCCCUUGCCUCUGAACGACUCCUACCCCUCCGGGACCUCGCUGAGGUACAGGUGUCGCACGGGGUACACGGUGGCCAGCGGCAAGUCCCCCUACGUCACCUGCCUCCCGAACUCCACCUGGUCGGCGGAGAGCGACUUCUGCAUCGGAAAGCUGUGCAGUCCACCAGAUAUACCAAAUGGCAAAUUUGAUUAUGUAACUGAUCUCCGAUUUGGAGCGGUAAUAAACUUCGCCUGUAACGAAGGGUACCGACUCAUUGGGGAUUCAUCUGCAGAAUGUGUACUUCAAGGCAGCGACGUCACUUGGAGUCAGGUUCCGUACUGUGAAAUUAUUCCCUGUAUGCCACCUCCUAGGAUUGAAAAUGGAGAGCUCAAUGCUGAGAGCAGAGACUUUACGUUUGGCUCAACUGUUACUUACAGCUGUCACGUUGGCUUUUCUCUCAUCGGAGAGUCCUCGAUUCACUGUACAUCAGAUGAUAACUUGAAUGGAAAAUGGAGUGGUCCAGCGCCUGAAUGCAAAGUGGUCAGCUGUCAAAAUCCACAAGUGGAAAAUGGGGAGAAGGUGUCUGGUUUCGGCACUGAGUACACAUAUAAAGAAACAGUCACUUUUCAGUGUAAAGCUGGUCACGCUUUGAUCGGUAGCAGUAUCGUUACUUGUGAAGCUAACAGUACGUGGACGCCACCUCUGCCAACUUGUGACCCACGAAAGCUGUGCAGUCCACCAGAUAUACCAAAUGGCAAAUUUGAUUAUGUAACUGAUCUCCGAUUUGGAGCGGUAAUAAACUUCGCCUGUAACGAAGGGUACCGACUCAUUGGGGAUUCAUCUGCAGAAUGUAUACUUCAAGGCAGCGACGUCACUUGGAGUCAGGUUCCGUACUGUGAAAUUAUUCCCUGUAUGCCACCUCCUGGGAUUGAAAAUGGAGAGCUCAAUGCUGAGAGCAGAGACUUUACGUUUGGCUCAACUGUUACUUACAGCUGUCACGUUGGCUUUUCUCUCAUCGGAGAGUCCUCGAUUCACUGUACAUCAGAUGAUAACUUGAAUGGAAAAUGGAGUGGUCCAGCGCCUGAAUGCAAAGUUAUUGGAUGUACGUCUCCUCCUGCAAUCGCAAAUGGAGAGUUCAGUGCUGGGAGCAGAGUCUUUACCCUUGGCUCAACUGUUACUUACAGCUGUCACCGUGGCUUUUCUCUUAUCGGAGAGUCCACAAUUCACUGUAUAUCAGAUGAUAACUUGAAUGGAAAAUGGAGUGGUACAGCCCCUGAAUGCAAAGGUGCAGCUAACAAGAUCAUUGCUGGAAUCCUGCCCCUCCUCCUGGCAAUCCUGGCUUUUCACUUCUAGGUUCAAGAAGAGGCAACUGGAAGAGCUGGAGUGACCCCUCAGAAAGCACUGAACUGUAGACGUGUUGGACUUGGUCACACUGAACUCAGGGUUCUGGAUUUCACUCUUGUGAGAUUGGACUAGUAGUAAUCUGCAAACCUUAGAUGACAAAGAUGGCAUUGAUCCUCUAUCAUGCUCCCUUCUGCUGCCUGGGAAUUGCUUACGCUUUUCGUGGCAGGUAGAAUAGCUGCAUGUUGUGUUGAACAUACAGCAGCUUGCGUGUGUGGCCUGUGCAGGACGGUUCCUGGCCAUCCAGGUGAAACUACCGUUCAGAAAUCAAGUGCAGUUAUCCCCCUGUUAAGUUGUACUGAUACCAAAGACCUUCGUCCUGCAAUAUUUUAGACUCAUGAAAACAGGGCACUUCAGGUACCUCCAUGUUCUGCUUUUCAGCUCCACUAAGGCAGUGUUGUGUCUGAUGCUAAUUGGGAUUUGCAAGUGUCGUAUGUGUCCGGAGGUGAAAAGUGAUGUUGCUGCUAAGAGGGUUAACAGACUGUCUUCCUGUGAGUGAUAUACACGUGAGACAAUAAAGAUUGAUGUCUUGUGCUA